AUGCAGUCUGAAAGCGACCUCGUGGCGCACGGAGGCACUGAAUCCUCGAUGAAGAACGCGUUCCCGUUGGGGAUGCGAGUGCUGGCGGUGGACGAUGACAGAGCUUGCCUCAGAAUGCUCGAAACCCUACUCGGACAAUGCGGAUAUCGAGUGACAGCAGUCCAACACGCAAUGGCAGCUUUAGAACUUUUAAGAGGGAACAAAGGCUACUAUGACCUUGUGAUAACUGAUGUUGAAAUGCCUGACAUGGAUGGCUUCCAGCUUUUAGAAAUUAUUGGUCUUGAGAUGGACUUGCCUGUGAUCAUGUUAUCCAUCAAUUCUGAAACCAGCUAUGUAAUGAAAGGUGUACUUCAUGGGGCUGUUGACUACUUGGUGAAACCUGUAAGGAUUGAAGAACUCAAGCUCAUUUGGAAACACGUAAUCAGGAAAGCACUAUCAGAUAAGAAGGGGAGUAAUGAACUGAUCGACAAUAACAAUGAUAUUAAGGCACAUAAGGAUGAAUGUUUGAGGAUUUCAAAUCCAUGCAUCAAUGAAGUAAACAAGGGCGAAGAUUGUGCUCAUGAAAUAGCAAAGCAUAAAAGAAGGGUCUCAGGUGGUGAAAUAGCAAAGCAUAAAAGAAGGGUCUCAUGGUCCACUGAUUUGCAUUUACGUUUCAUUGCAGCUGUUAGAACUUUAGGCGUUGACAGGGCUUUACCUAAGAAGAUACUUGAACUCAUGAAUGUUGAAGGACUCACUCGAGAGAAUGUUGCAAGUCAUUUACAGAAGUACAGAAAAACUCUGGAGAGGAAUGAUGGGUGCCAUUUUAACGGCCUCAGUGUGGAUUCUUCAAGUUCUGUUUUUUCAUCCUUUUGCCAGCAAGCUCAUGCUAAAAAAAGUUCUUGUAAAAAAUUCAGAUUGGGUGAGUAUCAGGAAGAUAAAGUGAUUGCUUCAUCAGAUCCUCCCCAUACUUCCUUUGGGAGCUCUGUCUCUUCACCGUACCGGCAAUUUGCUUCACACUCUCAAGCAAACUUGAGGCCAGAAUAUCUUUGGUUUCCCUCUGAUUUCUCAAGUCCAGAAUUGACUUAUGAAUCAUCCAGGCUUGAUGUUUUCAGCUAUCCAUCCCUAACUUCAACAUCUGAUCCAGUUGAUAUUUGUCCAACUACUCAGACCAGUACGGGCAAUCAAGACCUGAAUUCAUAUUCCCAGUUUCACUGUCCAUCUAACCAAUUUUCUGUGUGGACGUCAUUAUACAACAACAUAGAACUCAAUGACUCAGCACAUCUGAAUACAGAACUGUUAUCUGACAUAGGUAUUGCAACAGUGGCAGGAGGCGACAUUGUGGACAUGCAGAUGUUUGGCGAAGUGAAUUUCAACUAUACUUAUCAUUUAGAGUCGACUAAAAACCAAUCUGAGGAUUCACCAACAGAAAUGCUGUUCCAUCUUGACCGAUGCAGUUCUGAAGAUGACCUUAAUACUAUUCUUAAGCAGCAAUGUCCUGUUGCUGCUCAAUUCUCAGUGCUAGUCGGCAAUAUGAACUUGUACGAGUAUGUUUUUACGUCGAAACUAUCAAGGAGAUUUGCUUAG